GUAUUUUGUCGAUAUAUUUAUUUUCUGCGAUUUAUUGGCAUGAAGGCCAAAAAAAAUCCCGGGAAAAAUCUGAAAAACGAACAGAAAAUUGCUGGAAAAAUUGCACGAAAAUGCAGAAAAUUAUACAGAGAAUUAUGUCCUUUGCCAGUCGCCAAUAAUCUUUCAUCCCUGUGCUGAAAAAAUAAUGUAGAUCGGGCCAGUCCCCAAUUGGCGACGAUGACGACGAACUCAGUUAGGUUUCUUUCCCAUUCCGUUCUUUGAGUAGGAGACUUCGACUGGUAGGCCGCGGUGGGAGAAAUCGACGUGGCUUGCGAAAAUUCGAAGCCCUCCUCUUCUUCAUGCCACCACAUCCGGCCUUCUUCGGUGUUUGAUUUGGAUUCGGAGAAUCGUCGCCCCGCCGGCGGCGCUUGUGAUUCCGAGGGAGCAUCCAGUUACUUGUCUUCUUUCGUUAAUAAUGGGAGGAGGACUGGGAAUCGCUGGCAGAUGACACUUGAUAGCUUCGUCGGCGGGAAGGCGGAGGCUGGGCGGCAAGUGGGUUGUUGAGGAUGCAAAAGAGUCUGCAGGGAAGAUGAUGGGGUUUAGGGAAGGUGGAUUUAGUUGUGUUGAGAUUGAUGCUAAGACUUGGGUAUAUCCAGAUCAGUUUUUUUCUUCUUUUCUUUUGGUGAUUGCUAUCAUGCUAUGUGAAUCUCUUUCAUUUGAUAUCUGUUUUUUCUCAGCCAUUGGAAGGUCUGUGUGAAGAACUAAGGAACGUAGAUAUCAGCACGACGUCUUCCUUGUAACCUUUGGUCAUAUUAACUGAAAUGGGGAUGGAAAAGCUCUGACCUUUUUGUGCUCAUAAUCUUCAGAAGCUGGGACUGAUAUCAUCCCAUGUGUUCACAACAGAAAGAUUGAAUUUGUUGAGGUAAGAACUACUGUUCAUAACGAUGCCUUCAGGAAUCGUUUUGGUGAAACUAUGACAGCUAAUGAUGUUAACUACUCUGCUUUCUGCUGUUGGACAUUUGCAGAACCACUCUGGCCUACUGCCCUAAUAAUAUAUUCGACACAAAGGUAAUUGGAUUGGGAGUUGGGAGUACAAGUUGUAGUCCUCAAAUGAUAUACUAAUACAAGAGAAUCUCAGCACAUGAGAGGUGUGGUCAGAACAUAACAUGCGAGAAGCCGAGAACUAGUAAUGUAAGAUCCAAUUGAUUAGGCAGAUCCAAUUGCCCUUAAAUAGAAUAGAAGAGCUCUCUCUCAAUCUCCCCAACCUGUUAGCAGCAACCAUGGCGAAAAGAUUACAAGGCAAAGUAGCCCUCAUAACCGGCGGAGCCAGGGGGAUCGGUGCUGCAGCGGCGCGGCUCUUCUCCCAGCACGGCGCCAAAGUCGUGAUAGCAGACAUCCGGUCCGAUUUGGGCCAGUCUGUGUCCAGGCAGAUCCAGCUCGAGUCGGGCCACCCUGUUUCCUACGUUCAAUGCGAUGUGGCCGACGACUCGGAUAUGCAAGCCGCAGUCGACACCGCUGUUUCGACGCACGGGAAGCUCGACAUCAUGUACAGCAACGCCGGGAUAAUAGGGGAGAAGAUCAAUCUCCUGGAGAAGAAAGUAUGCAUAUUGUCCGUCAACCCCCAGGAGUUCAGGAAGAUGUUCGACGUCAACGUGUACGGAUCGUUCCUGGCGGCGAAGCACGCCGCCAGGGUGAUGAUCCCGGAGAAGAGCGGGACCAUUCUCCUCACUGGCAGCGUUGCAACGGCCACCUACGGGGGCGCGCCACACAUUUACGCAGCGUCGAAGCACGCGGUGGUGGGGCUGGCGAAGAACCUGUGCGUGGAGCUGGGCCAAUUCGGGAUUCGAGUGAACUGCAUCUCGCCGUUUGGGGCUGCGACUCCGAUGAACGAGGAGUGGAUUGGGUUGGACGAGAAGGCUCUGGAGGAGAUGUUCUCGGCGGUCGGGAAUCUGAAAGGAGUUGUUCUGAAACCUGAGGAUGUUGCGGAGGCCGCGUUGAACCUGGUGAGUGAUGAGUCCAAGUACCUAAGUGGGUUGAACCUUUUGGUUGAUGGUGGUUUCUGCCUCAAGAGUGCUUAUUAAUGGAAGUCUAGCCAGUCUUCCGGAUCAUAGCUUCGAUGCAAAAACGAUCCAAACUCAUUGUUCAGUUUUCUUACAUUUCCUUCUUUCCUUGUUGAACUUUACCGAUGAAGUGAAAGGAUAGAACUCAUAAUCUAAAUCCAAGGACCAUGCAUUAGACCAAAAGAUCAAUGUUGCAUCAUAAUAGACUAGUGGCAUCAUC